AUGCGGCAGGCACCGCCCCUCGACUACUCGUAUGCCCGCCUGCGAGAACUGGACCACCUCGAGGACAUGGGGCUGGAACCCAGGACCGACCGCGUGCGCCGUGCGCCGCAGCGCUCCAAAAAGUCCGGACUGUACAUAACGCGUUCGCUGUGGCUGAGCAACAACCUGCUGAAGUCGGUGCGCGGCCUGCAAGCGCUGACGCGGCGUCUGCUGUGGCAGCCGGAAGCGCUCGCCUGGCUCAACCUGUCGCAUAACUUCCUGGUGGAGCUGGGCACCGAGCUGGCCGACUUCCACAACCUGACCAUCCUCUACUUGCACUGCAACCGCGUCCACACUCUCAGCGGGAUCGCUGUGCUGCGACACCUGCCGCUCAUCGCCCACCUCACUCUGCACGGCAACCCGCUCGCCCAAGUUCCCUUCUACAGGGGUCGCGUGCUGUCGUUGGUGCCCCAGCUGCGCUCGCUGGACGGCAGCUGCGUGCUGCCCGGGGAGCGCGAGAUGCCGCUGCCGGUGUUCGCGCCGCCCUUCCUGGUGGCCGAGCAGCCGCCCACGCCGCCCGCGCGCGAGGUGGAGCUCCAGGAGGCGGACACCUCCAGCUGGCUAGACCUGCUGUGCGCCGAGAUUCAGCUGCGGCGCCAGCAGCGCGCCGACCGCAUCCGCGCAAUGCUCGAGGCCGAGCAGGCGUCCGACGAGUUCGGCUUCUAG